AUGUAUCUCGCAACAGUAUUUCGCCUACUCAUCAUCUGGGGUCCAAAGCCGCCGGGACGACAAGUGUCGAUGCCGAUGACUAUGAAACAAGAGGUUUGUUUUCGAGACCCGCUGCACUUGAAGAAAAACCUCUGUUUUCUUGAUAAAACUUCUCAUGAAUGGCGUCCUUUCGAAAUGGACUAUAAUGAAAAGCCUGCCCUUACAAAGACUUUGGUCACCAAAUUGGCGUUGGACCUGAAACUCCGGCUUCAACUGCUCUUCUGGAAAUCAGCGGACGAUUUGUAUACCAUUUUGGUUUUUAAAGAUAUGAAGAAUGUCGAUCAGUUUUUUGCAAGUAACUCUCUUGAUCGUUUGAUCACCGUGUUUAGAACAAGGUUCAAAGACGUUAUGGUGAAUUUUGACAGAAUAAUUCACACGAAAGGCAGUUCAAAAACGCUGGUGAGACACGUGAUUGCAGUGCAAGAAUCACAUUUUGAAGAGAUGGCUCGCUCGAAUAUGGUAACAGAGAAUGGGUAUAUGCUAUAUCUGCUUAGUGCAUCAGACCCAACGGAUACAAAGUGGAAUUUCGAGAUAACGAAAAAGAUGGUUGAUGACAACCCGACGCUGCGAAGUAUUAGGACUGACUUUACGAAUUUUUUGGACAAAGAACGUGAAGCAAGCCUGCUAUCUCCUCAAUGUUUACUGCAAACCAUAUGCUAUCGUGAGGAAAAAGCUUGUUUGUAA